CUGUAAGGGAUAAGCCCUAGCCAGGAAAACUGUGAUCACCUGCUGACAACCACCUAGGAACUAUCUGGGAUGGAGAAUGUGGUCUUUUCUUGCUGAGGAGCUGCCGCCUGCAGGAGCCAUGGUCACUUUCUUCACGCAGGAAGUCCAGCAACUGCUGCACAACAAGUUUGUGGUGAUCGUGGGGGAUUCUGUCCAGCGAUCGGUUUACAAGGACCUGGUGCUGCUUUUGCAGAAGGAUGCUCUCCUCAGCCAGUCCCAGCUGAAAGCCAAGGGGGAGCUGAGCUUCGAGAACGACUGCCUGGUGGAAGGCGGCAUGAAGGGCGAGAUGACCAAUGGCACCAACUACAAGGAGGUGCGGCAGUACCGCACGGCCCACCACCUGGUGCGCUUCUACUUCGUCACUCGCAUCUACUCCGACUACAUGGAGAGCAUCCUGGCUGACUUCCAGGCUGGGCCCCAGCCCGACGUCGUCAUCAUCAACUCCUGCUUAUGGGACGUGAGCAGGUACGGCUCCAAGUCCAUGAAGCAGUACCGGGUGAAUCUGGAGAAGGCCUUCAACCGGCUGGACAGGGUGCUGCCCCAUACUUGCCUCCUGGUGUGGAACAUGACGAUGCCCGUGGGCCACAAAAUCAUUGGGGGCUUCCUCAUCCCAGAGCUGCAGCACCAAGGCAAGAAGCUGCCCCACAAAGUGAUCGAGGGCAACUUCUACGGGGCCGUCCUGGCCAGCAGCCACCACUUCGACGUGCUGGACCUGCACUACUAUUUCCGCUUCGAGGCGCAUCAGCGCAGCGGGGACGGCGUCCACUGGAACCGGGCCGUCCACCGCCGGGUCACCCACCUGCUGCUGGCCCAUGUGGCCGACGCCUGGGGCGUCGAGAUCCCGGAGAAGAGACCCCAGCACGGUUGCUUUCAGGCAAACGCUCUGGAGUGGGGCUCGCAGCCCACCCCCUGCCCGGCGCCCCACGCUGCUCCACCCUACCCCUGGGGGUCCGAGUGGGACAACAGCCGCCUGUCCUGGACGCCCCAGCCCAGCGCCUGCCCGCCACCCCCUCCACCCUGGCCCGCCUUCGACUUCUGCUGCCCCUCCAAGGAUCCUGUUUUCCAGGAAGACUCCCCCUUCCUCCCCAGCCACGCAGGGCCUGGCACGCCCCUCUCCGGAUACAUCAGCUUUGACAACUGCCCCGGCUACAGUGCGGAGGGUCCUGGCAGCAGCUUUCAAGCUUUCUGGGACGCGCCGCACGCUCUGCCGGCCCUGGGACCCUUCCCCGGCUUCUCGGGAAACCCAGCGCCCAGCCUCCCUCCGUACCCCCACAGCCCAACCAGGAGAGGCCGCGGUGGGCACUCCCACGGCUUCAUCAUGAGGCGACAGCCGGUGAGGUGGAGGUCUGGGCCCCCCUACAACAGGCCCCACUACAGCUGCUACUGAGGGGCCCUGCCCCCUGGCAGAGCUGGGCGUGUGCCCCUCAUGGGUGGGCAGGUGAGCUCCCUGCAAAGGGCUUGGCUCCGGCUCUGAAGAGACUUGGGCAGGGUGGGCUUGGCUGUCUCCAUGUGCGUGGCUGGCAGAGGCAGCUGGCGCUCAGAUGGCUGAGUUAUUACGUGUAGUAUUUGGGGUGGGGGCAGAGGGCUGCGGGGGCCUGGAGAGAAGGGGCUGUGAUCUGCCAGCGCCGUGUGGCUCAGAACAAAGGCCCUGGGCACCGCCGCAGGAAGCCCUCCAUAGGCCAGGCCCAUGGGGGUGGCGGCAGCCCCAUCCUGCCAGGUGCUGGAGCUGGUGGGGAUUGGCAGCCAUGUGAGGGAGGCGCUGAGCGCCAGCCGUCUGCCGAGGAGGUCUGGCUGUGCAGUCUGAGUCUCUCCCCAGCUCUGAGUGCAAUUUCCCCAUCCCCAGCCGCUGCUCUUACACACCUGCCCGGACGGGGCGGGCAGGGAGCCAACGGCCUCGCCCGCUCUCCAUGGGGCUCUUAGGCCUAGUUCAUGUUUCUUAAUCAUUGAUGUUUUCAGCACCCUCGCUGGGGUGUUAUUUCACGAGGUAGGUCUGCACUACAGCCCCCCGUGCCCCUCGCUGGGGGGGUCAUGCUGCUCUGACAUUGCUUUACACUGGCAGGCUGUGGGGCAGAGCCCUUGGUGGCUUGCUGCAGUAAAACCUUCUAGCCCCAGCCUGGCUCGCGGGCCCAGGCCCAGGCCUAGGCCUGUGCUCACUGCCCUGAGCUGAUCAGGUUGCACCGGCAUAACUGUGAUUGAGUCCCUUCCCGGCCAUCUGCCCGCAGGCCCGGGGGGGAGGGGCCCUGCUGUGGGCACAGUGGUAAUUGAACAGGAAAAGCUGUUCACGGCAAGUGUUCUUGUGUGUUUUGUUGAUGUGUUAAUAAAGCUUUG